GAGUGUGCCUUUUUGUAGCCUGCGGGACACUUCGUGGAGUAGUCUUUUGUGUAACUCAACAGGAAAAGGUAUUCGGAUUGCUGCAGUGACUAAAAGUAAUAUUAAGAAAUCGUUUUGAUUACGUCAGAUCUAUGAUUUCCUCUAUUUCUCUUCCCGGCUAUAUUUAUUGUGCUGUAGACGUAUUUUGACAUGUUGCUCCUUAACCGUGCAGAUGUGCUUUCCGUUUUUAGCCUAGUCCCUCGGCCUGCUUGUGUGCUAGAAUAAUACGUGGGUCAUUUCGCUUAAAACGUUUUCUUUGAGGGUCAAAGUGACACAGUUGAACUUGACAAUGAAUGACAAAACACCCCAUCGUGCUAAAAUCCGCUGGAUAUCUACAGCUGUGACAGCUGGAGCAAUUCUGCUGUGUUUGUUUGCAUGCUCUUGUCAUGCAGAAGAAGCGUCUUGCCACGGAGCUUACGACUUAUACUUUGUUUUAGAUAAGUCAGGAAGUGUUUCUAAUGAUUGGGGUGAAAUUUACUCCUUUGUGAAGAACCUAACAGAUCGAUUUGUGAGCCCCAGGAUGAGAGUGUCAUUCAUCGUGUUUUCCUCUCAGGCCAGCGUGAUGCUGCCACUCACCGGGGACAGAACUGAAAUAGAGGAGGGUCUGAAAAGGCUGAAAAAUGUGAAACCAGCGGGUGAGACCUACAUGCAUACAGGAAUCAAGGAGGCAAACAGUCAAAUCAAAGCUCAAACCACCAAGUCCUCCAGCAUCAUUGUAGCCCUGACUGAUGGAAAGCUGGACAUUUAUGUACAUGAGCUUACAGUUAUAGAGGCCAAAGCCGCCAGGGUCUACGGUGCCCGGGUGUACUGUGUUGGUAUCAAGGACUUUGACGAGCAACAGCUAGCUGAUAUUGCAGACUCCAAAGACCAGGUGUUCCCUGUCAAAGAUGGCUUCCAUGCCCUCAAAGGCAUUGUCAAUUCAAUAUUGAAGCAGUCCUGUACAGAGAUCCUGUCUGUUGAGCCCUCCAGUGUCUGUGUGAACCAGUCGUUUGACAUUGUGCUGCGAGGGAAUGGUUUCUCAGUGGGCCGAGGCAAUGAAGGAGUGGUGUGUAGCUUCAUAGUGGGACAGCAAACCUAUGAUCAGAAGCCAACCACAGUGCGGAACGAUUACAUCCUGUGUCCUGCGCCGAUUCUGCAGGAAGUCGGACAGUCAAUGGACGUGCUGAUCAGCCUGAACCAGGGGAAAUCCUUCAUCUCCAGCGCGAUCACCAUCUACGCCUCUUCCUGUUCCGAUGGCCUGGUGGUGGUCGUGGUGCUGCUGGUGCUUUUGUUGCUGGCGGCCUUGGUGGCAGCCUGGUGGUUCUGGCCUCUCUGCUGCACGCUGGUCAUCAAAGAUCCUCCCCCUCCACCUCCCUCUCGUCCUCCGCCACCCGAGCCAGAGGAAGAGGACCCCCUUCCCAAGAAGAAGUGGCCGACAGUAGAUGCCUCAUACUAUGGAGGAAGAGGGGCUGGAGGGAUCAAACGCAUGGAGGUGCGAUGGGGAGAGAAAGGUUCCACAGAGGAAGGGGCAAGGCUAGAGAAGGCCAAGAAUGCAGUGGUGUCAAUCCCUGAGGAGGUGGAAGAGCCCAUGAUCGCCAAAAGACCCCCCAAACCAACCCCAGCAUAUCAGCAACACCCGGAGUCUAAAUGGUACACUCCUAUAAAGGGGCGUCUGGAUGCGCUGUGGGCAUUGCUGCGACGCCAGUAUGACCGAGUCUCUCUGAUGAGGCCGACCACGACAGACAAGGGCCGAUGCAUUAAUUUCAACCGAGUGCAGAAUCGUUAGAAGACUAAGGAAGACAUCCACAACAUUCAGACAAUGUUUUAUCAACACCUGAAAGUCUUUAUUGUUCAAUUCCCUUAUCAUUCUGCUUCUCUCAGUUUCAUGCACAACUUCCUGUCUUCAAUAUUUUCAUGUUUCCAUUCAUCCAAAGCAGAGUUAUAAUGAUAUAAUUUUCUACUUUUCUUUAAUUUUUUUAUUUCACAAGACGCCUAAGCGAAUAAAUACUGAGCAAAGAA